AUGUUUGCCUUGCUGAGUAAAUGGUGUCAAAGUGGAAAGAUUGCUGAUCAUGAAAAGCAUAGUCGACUUCGAAGAGUCCAGGCACAUCAACCAAUCGCUCGCGCCUCAAACGACAUUGUUGCCCGAAGGAGUUCUAGAUUUCUGCCAAGGGUCGCGCAACACGUCAAAACUGUUCUCACUCAUGGACUUGUGAUACAUCAUCGGUUGAAAGAGCCUCCUAGCGCAGCAAUGGAGCAAGUCUACCACGACAAACGCGCCUGUGCGGCCACAGUUCUCAGCGUCUUCCCAGACAUAUGCCUUCAGUACCUGGAGGAGACAGCCGCCAAGGUCAACCAUAACGCCGAUCAAACUAUCGACACCAUUUUGGGUUCCACCGAGAAAGGCGGAUCGUACCCCAAAGCAUCCCGCCGCCAGAAAAGUCUUAAGCGGAAGCGUGAAGGAUGGGCUGAAGAUGAUGAGGAAGAUGAAGAUGUUGAGAAGGAAAACAUCCUCCGCCUCUAUGCUCACCCUGGCCGAGAGCGUGAAACGAGAAAGCAGUACAUCUCCAGGUCGGAGGAGAUUCUGAAGCAUGAUUUCCCUCAAGUUAUCCAGAAGUGCGUCAUGAAGAUCUUUUACGACAACGCCUGCAAACUGCUGCCUACGUACCUUGCCGUCGACAAAGCUCUUGAGGAUCUGAAGAACGGUGUCCAAGAAGGUCUCCCUUACGGCUUUGCGCUCAAGAAGAGACCAACCCCACCAUCGGAUCGUAUAUUCGCGGGUCAGAAAAUGGCUGAACUUCUCGAAACGGCGACUCACGAAGAAAAGAGAGUUUUGGAUGAACUGGUGGCCGCCCGGCGAGUGCUGAUAGUUACCCGUAACAGGCUCGAUGCAGCUAGAUUCGAGGCUGCCAGAGAAGCUGCCAACUUUGAGAUAGCAAAGGCGACUGGCAGUUUUACGGACUGUGGCUGCUGUUAUAGCGAGUUCGCUCUCAAUCGCAUGGUCCGUUGCGAGAAUGGGAACCAUUUCUUCUGUCUCGAAUGUGCACGCCGCAACGCUGAAACAGUGGUUGGCCUCUCAAAGUAUGAGAUUACCUGCAUGUCCAUAGAUGGAUGCGAUUCUGGUUUCGCUCACAAAGAACGCUCCAAGUUCAUCAAUGACCAACUUAGUCAAGCCCUGGAUCGUAUCGAAUCUGAGGCUAAUCUCCGCAUGGCUGGCAUUGACGGCCUGGAGACCUGUCCUUUCUGCCCUUAUGCCGCAGAGUAUCCACCGGUCGAUAUCAACAAGGAGUUCAAGUGCGAGAAUCCCGACUGCCAGGUGGUCAGCUGCCGGCUUUGCAGAGAAGAGACCCAUAUACCCAGAACAUGUGACGAAGCUGCUGGAGACAGCGCAGAAGGUGCUCGGCGUCAAAUUGAGGAGGCCAUGUCCAGUGCGCUCAUCCGCAAGUGCAACAAGUGUGGCAUGGCGUUUGUCAAAGAAUCAGGGUGCAACAAGAUGACCUGUACAAAGCGUGGAUGUAGGAACGUCCAGUGCUACGUUUGUUCCAAGUCAUGCGACUACGCCCACUUUGACGACCAGGCAAGAGGUGGACAGAAAGGCAAUUGUCCCCUGUUUGACGAUGUCAACACACGCCACAAUGAGGAAGUGCAACAGGCCGAGGCAAAAGCCCGUCAAGAUAUUCUCGAGCGACACCCCUCGAUGAAGGCAAAGGAAGACCUUCUCAAAGUCAACUCGGGAAAACUGGCAUCGGCGGUCUCCAAGAACCCCCCAGCACUGCGAGCUGCCUACGGACAACAGCUUCCACCGCAAAAUCCUCAGGCCCAGAUUGUCCCACCCGGGAUGAAUCGAGUUGUUGGCAUGCCUCCCGCAAACGCGGUCGGGCCUUUUCAACCUCGGCCGAUGAUGCCACAGCCACAGGCUCAUGCGAUGGUUCCGCCGGCAAAUGUUGCUGCUGGAGUCGCGAAUCAGCAGAUGCAAAGGGGUCCGGUACAGGCUCAAUACCCUCAGGGCCAUAAUCCCAACCCGAUGCUCGAUCAGCAGCACCGCCCAAUCAUUGGAGCCGCUUUCCCAAAUGCGCAACAUCCCAGAUUUAAUGCGCAACAUCCCAGAUUUCCCUACUUGCAACCAUUCCCAGUACCACCGCCGCCAGCGGUUCAACAAGGUCGGCCAGCGGUGUUUCAUAAUCCUAACCCGCCUCGCGUGCUUUACCAGCCCGCAGCCCAAGCAGUGCCGAUGAUUGCGCCUCACCCGCCGAUAAUCGCUCCUCAGCCUGUGAAUCAGGUAGUGCAGGCCAUCGCGCCACCCGGCCAGGCCAGACUCAAUAAUCCUAACUACUUGGGUUUUGAAGAGGGAUGGGGUCCAGAGUACGGAGAGCCUAGAGAGUUGAAGAGGCACAAGUUUUGCGAUAAGAAUGCACAGCGGCUUCCCGACAUCCUGGCGAGACAGAACAUUGAUGAGAAGGCCGGGGAGCAACCGCAACGACCUGAAGAGCCCGCGCAACAGGCCAGCGCCAAAAUGACUGCAGCUCAAUUUUUAGCCCACCCCAAUUGCGGACUUGCAGAGUUUGUGGCCGGCAAAACGAAUCGAGAUGGGUCCCAAGUUCAGCAUCCGGCACCCGUGAGUCGAGCAGCCCAACGGGCUAUAGACGCAGGUCACGAAUUUCAACGACAGCUUGCUCUUCACCGUGCUUUUUACCGUGGCGGGGCGAAUGGUAUUCCCGGAGGAAGCAGAGAUCAUCCUAUCAAGAUGGACUGA